CAGCGGCAGGCAGCAGGGUGGCUGGGGCUGAUGGCGGGCACCUGCCCUGGGGUGAUACGUGGGGCUCUGCCAGCAGCCGAGCGACCCGUAUGACCAGCAGUGAAGCCAUGGACACCCUGGGGCAGUACAAGAUCACGGUGUGGGAGGAGGAGAACUUCCAGGGCAAGCGCUGCGAGUUCCUCAUGGAGUGCCCCAGCAUCAUGGAGCGUGGCUUCCGCAAGAUCCGCUCCAUCAAGGUGGAGUCUGGCCCCUGGGUAGGCUUCGAAUACCCUGAGUACCAGGGACAGCAGUUUAUCCUGGAGAAGGGUGACUAUCCCCGGUGGGAGGCCUGGAGCGGGAACAGUGGCUACCGGACCGAGCACCUCCUCUCCUUCCGGCCUGUCAAAUGCGCAAACCACAAUGACAGCAAAGUCAUCCUCUACGAGGCUGAGAACUUCCAGGGUCACAAGUUUGAGCUGAGUGAUGACUAUCCCUCACUGCAGGCCAUGGGCUGGGGCAACAAGGAGGUGGCAUCCAUCAAAGUGAACGCUGGAGCGUGGGUGGCAUACCAGUACCCAGGAUACAGGGGCUACCAGUAUGUGCUGGAGCGGGACAGACAGAACGGCGAGUUCAAGAAGUACAAUGAAUACAGCAGCCAGGCCCACACCAACCAGAUCCAAUCCAUCCGCCGCGUCCAGCACUGAACAGGGGCAGGGCUGUGUGCCCUGCAGCCUCCAGGCUGCUG